AAGCACGUUCUUGAGAUCUGGUUUCGAUCAAAAUUUUGAUGUUCAUCCACCAUAAAUUCUGAGAGUGAUGGCGAUGCAUUGCCAAUUUAGGUUUUUCCACUAGGGCAGUUUGGUCUUCUCACUUCUCCGCUGGGCCUAUAUAACGUCUCUCCCCAGCAGAAGAAAGCCCCAUCCUCGAUCGCGGCGGACGGUAGAUGAAACUCGCCUCGCUGCUCCAAUGCGGCUGCGGCGCGAUGUGGCCGGAGGACACGGCGCCGUCGGCGGCGGUGUCCCCUCUUGCGAACUUUCCUGCCGCGCCUCGUAAUUGCCGCCGCGCAAAACGCGGCUUCAAGCACUGGACGCCGUCGCUCUCGGCGAUCUCUGAGCAGGGAUCUACCGCGGCGGAGGUGGCGGGGAUCGAUACCAAGGCCAAGGCCUCCGUCUCUCGUCGGGUUCCUCCUCGUUCUCACAGCGAGGACAACCGGUACAUGGAUGUUUCUUCAGUUGUUUCUGCAAUUUGCCCCACUGCAUAUUUGUUCUAGUACCUAAGUCAAUGUACAUAUAUGAUCAUAAAGAGCAUGCAUAUCUUCUUGCUUCUGGUGUUCUAGGGAUCAGACUUAUGUGUAUUUUGUCCAUUCUCUUGUCAAUACGAGUUUCUACUGAAUUGUGUAGAUAUUGGAACAUCACCAAUUUGAAGUCCUGUUCAAGUCUGUUUCAUAUGGAACAUGUGAAAAAAUUGUUAAUUGGGCUUGUUCAUUCUAUAGACAGAACUCUAAGACUAUUCUAAAUUAAAAAUUAAACUGGAUAAAUCCAAGACCAAGUAAUUGGUUCUCUCUAUCUAAACAAUAUCAAUUUAUAAAGAUUACUUAUAGCAUAUGAUAACUUAUUCUAGAAAUAAUAAUAAAUUACUUUUCUCUACAAGGUGCUAGUUGCUUCCAGUUGUUUCUUAAUAUUAUAAUUUAUAAAACAACCAAAAGACAGACUGGAUUACCAUAUUUAUUUAUCCACAAUGAGCCAUUGAGCCUUAUAUUUCCCAAACAAUUAUAAUUCAUGAAUGAAAUCAUGCUGAACAAUGCAAAACUUCCAUAGCCAUGAUCAUGGAUAUGAACAAGCUCUGUUGUGGCCCCUCUUGAUCUUUUAUUGGACCACCUGCCUUCCAUCUCCACACCCCUUUCCUAGCAUCAAAUCUUCUCCCCAUCUCUAUAAAUUCCCAUCCCGACUCUGGUGAACAAAUCAGCUCAUGAGCUUGUGGUGGGUCAUGGAAGGCCAGAAGCAGCAGCAGCAGCAUUCCAAGUCAAGGGUUGUGAAGGUGAACUCAGAGGAGUCAUGGAACAUGUUCAUCACCCAAGCCAAGAACCAAGGCUGCCCUGUUUUUGUCCACUUUGGUGCCUCAUGGUGUGUUCCAUCUCUUGCCAUGAAUGCAUUCUUUGAGGAGCUAGCCAUGACUUAUCAGGACAUCCUCUUCAUCUUGGUGGACGUUGACGAAGCCAAGGAGGUGGCUUCCAAGAUGGAGGUGAAGGCAAUGCCGACAUUUGUUCUGAUGAGAGAUGAUGGCACAGUGAUGGACAAGGUUGUUGGGGCAAAUCCGGAGGAGAUCAAGAAGAGGGUUGAUGGCUUUGUCCAAUCAUUUCUCACCCCAAAAAUUAUUGGAUGAAAGAGAAGAGAAAAUUUUAGAAAAAAAAGUUUAGCAAUAAGACUUGUUUCUUGUCAGUAUGUGAUAAUUGUUUGGCUGUGUUAUGCUGUAAUUAUAGUGUAGAAUGUUGGGAGUUUGUCACAGGUGUUUGUUCCUAUCCAUAUCUGAUGUGUAUUAUAUAUUUAUUUUCAUAAUUAUCCUAAACUUACUUGUUUAA